UUUUCUUUGCCCGAUGCGUAUGAAAUUGCGGAGCUCAGCAUUCUUCUCCACUGGCACUUAAAAAAAAAAAAAAGAGAGAUGAGCUGGGCGGGAAGGGCUUCUGGUGCACCACAUAACUGGCCACCUUCCAAUUAAAGAAGAGAGCUUAUGUUAUUGAAGAGCAGCUUAGCCAAUCAGGAGGCAGUGCAGGCAAAGGCAGCAGGAAAAAAGCAGCAGUGCGAGUGGGCAAGAGGAAGAAAAAAAACUGCAGUGUGUGAGUGUGUGUAGUUUUUAUCCCUCCCCUGAGCAGAUCUUUAUCAAUUUGUGUACUCCUGUCUUGGGGUGCAUUUGAAUGGGUAUCUCUGUGUGUAUAUGUGGCAGAGUUUAUAGGAGGACAGAGUAAAGUGUCUCGGAGCCUGUGGAGAAGGGGAAGAGCUUGGUGUCCAGAGGAGAGGAACCUGCACAAAAAGGGUUUCUGACUGACAACAUUCUCAUUCUGAUUGCCUCCAGCCACCUUUCGAGGAUUCAAGAUUUGGCUGGACUGUGUGUGCAGCCUAAAUGACGAAGUGGAACUUGUUCAGGCAUCAGACAACACCAAUGGUCGCUGCUCAGCCAACGGGGGCUAGUGCCUUGACUAUGACUCCAGCCCCUGUCGCAUUAGUCUCCACUGACAACUCCACCGAACCGGUCAACAAGAACGAUGCCUUUGACGAGAUCAAAAACAAGUUCCUGAAUGAAAUCGACAAGAUCCCACUGCCGUCCUGGGCCAUCAUUGCCAUUGCCGUGGUCGCUGCUUUACUCAUUCUAACAUGCUGCUUCUGCAUCAUCAAGAAAUGCUGUUGCAAGAAGAAGAAGAACAAGAAGGGCAAGAAGGGGAAGGGUGACAUGGGAAUGAAGAACCUGAAAGGGGGAGAGGACGACGAUGACGAAGAAGAUGAUGUCGAACCUGGAUUGACUGGAGACGAGAAAGAGGAAGAAGUGAAGGAGAAAGAAAAGCUCGGGAAGCUGCAGUACUCCAUUGAUUAUGACUUCCAGGAGAACAAGCUGGCUGUGGGAAUCCUGCAAGCAGCUGAUCUCCUCUCCAUGGACAGCGGUGGCACCUCUGACCCCUACGUCAAGGUCUUUGUCCUCCCUGACAAGAAGAAGAAGUAUGACACAAAGGUCCACAAGAAAACGCUCAACCCUGUCUUCAAUGAGUCCUUCACUUUCAAGAUUCCAUUCCAAGAGAUGGGAGGGAAGACUCUGGUAAUGUCCGUCUAUGAUUUUGAUCGCUUCUCUAAACAUGAUGUCAUCGGCGAGAUUAAAAUACCCAUGAACACCCUUGACCUGGCAAAGCCAAUUGAGGAGUGGAGAGACCUGGACAGCGCAGAUCAAGAAGAGCCAGAGAAGCUGGGUGACAUUUGCAUCUCUCUGCGUUACGUCCCCACGGCUGGCAAACUUACCAUCUGUAUUCUGGAGGCCAAGAAUCUGAAGAAAAUGGACGUGGGUGGACUGUCAGAUCCUUAUGUGAAGAUUAACCUGCUGCAGAAUGGAAAGAGGCUGAAGAAGAAGAAGACCACAGUGAAGAAAAACACUUUGAAUCCGUACUACAACGAGUCCUUCAGCUUUGAGAUUCCUCUUGAGCAAAUGCAGAAAAUCCAAGCUGUGAUCACAGUGCUGGAUUAUGACAAGAUUGGCAAGAACGACGCCAUUGGGAAAAUCUGGGUGGGAAGCAAGUCCACAGGGGCUGGGCUGAAACACUGGUCCGACAUGCUGGCCAACCCCCGUCGCCCCAUCGCCCAGUGGCAUCCACUGCAGCCAGAGGAGGAGGUGGAUGGCGCCCUCGCAGCCCUAAAUGCCAAGAAGUAAACUCCCAACGGAACUCAUCGUUCCCACUUCCACCGACCUACCCAUGCAUUUCCCAUCAUUCCCCAGGUCCCACAUAUCAGUGUAUAUUCCAAAAAAACACCCUAACUGUACAUCUGCUCCCUCCACCCCCACUCCUCUCCCUCCGCCACCUUUCAAAAGAUCCAUAGAUACCAUUCAACAUGAUGGGAAAUAUAGUUUAAAAAAAGCAUCAUGUUAUAUGAAUUCAUGUCAUUGAAAAAAGAAGACAAGUAACAGGAUGGACAGAUACUCCGUUGAUUUCCUUUAGAUCUAUUUUUGUAUUGGGGUUGUGGUUCCAUUAAUAAGAAUACAGAGUAGACUAUGAAGAACAGUAAGAGUGCUAUAUGGUAAUCUGGUGAUAGAGGGGAUAAAACAUACAUUCACUCAUAUUGUACUUCUCACCCCUUCCCUUUAGUGACACAGUUUGCUUAGAAUAGUGCUUAAUAAUAAAAUGCUUUAUACUGCCAUAUGAUAGAGAAGUAACACAAGCAGGUCCAUUCCUUAGGUGUAUUAUGCACCACGUUCCACACCUGCCAGUUAUCAUACUAGAUGAUUCUGUUAGUUUGAAGUACAUUCCUAGAGUUGGGUAGCAAGUAGGGAUAGGCACAUAUCCAGUUACCCACAAACACACUGCCUUUUUGAUUAGUUAACCUUCCACCCAUCGUCUCAGGAAAACUGAGAGGAAACUGAAACUCCAUGCCUUUUUUUAUAAACGGGUUGUUAUUAUUCAAAUACUCCACUUGAUGAGAAAGAAACAUUGGAUUUAAAAGCUUGACCGCUUGUUUUUUUUCGGUGACGUAAGGCUCACGACUAGUAUUAGUUUAUCCAUGAAAUGGUAUGUCAGGGAACAGGGAGUGAUGGGUUUUCAGUAGUAAAAAAAAAAAAGGGUAUUUGUGUAUUUUUUGACUGUGCAAAAAGGCUGCGUCUGUCAUCUGUACGACAAAAAGCAAGGAAAUAUCAGAGCAGGUACAACAGAGACUGAUUCCAACCACCAAUGACAUGAUAUUUACAAGGUGUCGAUUACUGCCUGCAGUCUACCACCUCCCCUCCCAACGCCUCUGAUUCUGUAUCUCACUUGUUCAGUGCUACUGCCAUUAGUCAUGGACUUGACACAAGGGUUUUACUUCAAAGGAAUCCCUAUAACCGUCUUACAGUCAUAAAGGAGACAAGCCUUCAAAGUAACAAAAUAAGCAAUUUUCAACUUACCAGGGACGCCUUCCAGUUAGCGGUGUUGUUCUCUUCAUUUCUUAUUUUUUCUAUCUCUUUUUCCUUUAAUUUAUCCAAUUGUAUUUAACUUUAUUUAACUUCAAACACUUUUAUUCCUCAAGCACUUUAAAUCCAAAAUGUUACGUUUAAGUACCCUCAGAAACCAGAGCUUUAAUUAUUUAUGUUAGGAAUAACUGCUGGUUAAAAUAACAAAAAAGAGCAAGGGAGUGCAUUAUGUACGCAGUUUUUUUGUUGUUGCUUUGUUUCCGCUCAGCUUUUUGUGUAUGUGUUUUGAUUGUUUGAAUAUUACGUUUCUCACUUGAUUGCAAGGAUAUGGUCUGAAAGAAGGCACUGAUCCAUGUGUAUUUUAUACACAGCUUACCAAACUGUUGAAUUUAAUUGCACUACUGGGUAUUAUUCUGUUCUGUGGUAAUUUGACACUGUUCUUUGAUCUGUGUAGUUUUUUUUAUUGAUAAAAUGUUGUGAGAUUGAAUUUUUCUGUGGCAUAUGUGGCAUGCCAGAAAGGUCUCCUCAUAUAAAUGGACUCCUCCGAUACGAAAAGAGACACGUUUCAAUCUAAUGCUGUUCCCUGGCUCCUUCAUGGGAUAUAAUUGGUUCAGUAUUUGUAAUUUAAUAUUCUGAUGAAGUGAAAUCUUGAGGAUGAACUUUGUCCAAACUUGUUGGACUCAUUAGUCCUAAAUAAAUUGGCGGAAGCUUAAUUGUUAUUUAAAAUCUUGAUGCGUCAGGUGCUUGGGCCCCACUAUACCUCCUUGCAGGGCUAGUUGUUAACUAAAAUCAAUGCUGUCUGUGAGCACCAACAGCAAAAACUACCCAUUGACUAUGUGUGCAAGAAAAUGCCAAGUCAAUGCAAAUCAAAGGUAGACAGUACCACAACUUUUUUUUUACGAAUUUAUGUUGGCUCCUGAUCUUUCUCUGUUGGAAGUUGUUACACCCUAUUUUUUAUAACCAACAUAGACCAUGUUCAGAUUUCUGUUUCUCAUAUUUUUUUCUUCUGUUGAUGAAGCAGCACUAAAGAAAAGGCAACAUGGAAGCAAUCAAGCAACCCAUUGGUGUGUAGUUUUGCCUAUAUACAUAGUUCAUACACGUUGAUACUGCAUGUUUAUACAAAAUACUGUACAUAAGAGCAUGUUUUAGAGACGAAGCAAAAAUAUCUCGUGUACGUAAAUGGGUGUCAUUUGUCAUUUUAAUAACACAACGAAGGGAAAAAAAGAUGCACUGUAUAUUUUCUAAAUGAAACAAAUGUGUAUUUAUUUUCCAUGAGGGUCAUUGGAGAGAAUGUCAUACAAAUAUUAGAGUACUAUUACUAAUAAGAACCUUUCCACGCCUGAAAUUCUUAAGCAAGUGUGUCGUCCAGUACUGUGUGUGAGUUCAUGUAGGAUGAAAAUGUAGCCGCAUGCUUGCUAUCUAAUUCCUUGUGAUCCAGAUUUUAAUUUGAUAACAUUUAUCUGCCAUACAUUUAGUUUCAGCACUUAUCUGAAGGCCAAUGUUUGACUUAUUUCUGAAUUUGAUUGCUAUUUCUAAUUUUUUU